AUGGCUUCCACCUCCUCCGCAUCCCUCAAGACCGAUGUUGAACACUGGGAGAACAUGGCUCGUUCCUCCAUCGACGCCGGCGAGAAGAUUUUUGGGUCAAGAAUCGAGGUGCUGUGGACAGAACUGGCCAAGGUGUUCCCCCUCCACACCCGCAAUCCCAAAGCCUAUCGGCUUUUCGACUACAUCGGCCCCAUCAUCAACAAGGCGUGCCGCGACGGUUCUGACAACCAAGGUCGAACUGUACGCGAAUUUGUCGUCGACUUUGCGGAGCUCCGCAAACAAAUGGAGAACUUCGAUAAAUACGCCAGAGAGAGCAAAAAGCGAAAGGAAAAAGAGGGAAAAAGUAAAACCAAGGCCAAUGAGAUGGAGGAGAAGGAACAGGAAAGAGAGCGCGAGAAGGAAAAGAGGAGGCAGGAGAAGGAGGAAAAAGAGAAGAAGGAGAGGGAGGAGAAAGAGAGGGAGGCAAAGCGGGAGAGGGAGAGGGAGAGGGAGAGGGAGGAGAAGGAGAGGGAAAGGCAGCAGAGAGCAAAGGAGGAAAAAGAGAAGCGGCAGAGGGAGAAGGAGGAGAAGGAAAAGCGGCAAAGGGAGAGGGAGGAGAAGGAAAAGCGGCAGAGGGAGAGGGAGGAGAAGGAGAAGAGGGAGAGGGAGAGGGAGAGGGAGAGGGAGAGGGAGAGGGAGGAGAGGGAGAAGAGGCAGAGGGAGAGGGAGGAGAGGGAGAGGGAGAGGGAGGAGAAGGAGAAGAGGGAGAGGCAGAGGGAGAGGGAGGAGAGGGAGAGGGAGAGGGAGAGGGAGAGGGAGGAGAUGAAGACCCACCCAAAAAAACGAAGCAGGACGGAGAAAAAAUCCAAGCCGACCGUAGAUUCCAGUGCGGAAGGCUCCGGAGCCGACACUAUGCGCCCUUCAAAGGUCGACAAGGGCAAAGGCAAAGCCCCGCCUCCAACAGUCAUCUCCUCCGGGAGUGAAAGCGAGCCGCGGGUCCGAAAAUCAGCCCGAAAGACACCUGCAAAGCCGGAGACGUCUGCUCCGCCGAAGGCCAGCAGCAGCAGGAAAAAGCCUGCUUCCAAGUCGAAGUCCACCAUCGGGACGGAUACGGACCGAAGUGAAGAUGAAGGUGAGGGUGAGGGUGAGGGUGAGGAUAGCGAGGAGGAAGGAGGAGAGGACAACGAGGCUCCCCUCAAGAAGGCACGCCGUCGCUCAGAGGCUGAAGACCAGAAGAAAAACCUCGUCACCGUCACUCCUUCCUGCAAGGCCUGCCAAGCAAGGAAGAGGAGAUGCAAGAUGGAAAGGGGGCAAACCAUCGUUGGGUUUGCCACUGAGGGAUCGACUUUGAUCCCUCAGUACUCUCGGGCUUGUGUCUUGUGCCGUCGCAACAAGACCAAGUGCGACUUGUUCCCGGGACGAUCCGUUAAGCCGCCUGGGAUGACUUUGACGACUCCAAUUGUGGAGUACACGGAGAUUUUGCGUGCCGAGAAGACGGCGGGAUCUGAUCUUCCCGGACAAGGGAAGAAGGGGGAACUUCCAGUUCCAAAGGAUGUUGGGGAGUUGCUGGUGCAACUCUACGCCAAGCUGGGUGAGGUGGGUGAGGAGAAUGCUGCUCUCCAUAGCAGCCUUACCUCGCUCCAUGCCAGAGUCACAAGUUUGACUCAGCUUUCUGAGAGGCAGAAAGCUCAAAUGGAGUCAAUGGAGAAGGUGAUGAAGAGUAUGGAGUCGAAGUUAGGUGAAAUGAGGCUAGAGGGCAAACAUGCAUCACCUACUCCCCGGCCUCCUUCUCCUUCCCCGGCCCCUCCCUCCCCGCCUCCUGCUUCCCCAGCCCCUCCCUCCCCAGCCCCUCCCUCUCCGCCUCCUGCUUCCCCACCUCCUGCUUCCCCGGCUCCUCCUCGAUUUUCUUCUCUGGCAUCUUCAAAUUCGCCGUCGUCUCCACCCCUGCCGCCUCCUGAGCCCAUAUCGCCACCACUUCAAAAUCGUGAAGUUGGAUCGUCGGCACCUCCAUCACCACCGGGCCCCAUGUCACCACCGCGUCAAAAUCGCGAAGUUGGAUCAACCGCGGGAUCCAACUUGCCGCCGAGUCCGGGCCAUGAAGAGCCGCCGUCACCCAUGCCCCCAGCGCCAGACCACCUGCCGAAAGAUGUCGAGAUGGACAAGAUCAAUGAGGAUCAUAGAUCCUCUGAUCUGUCAUCCCCUGAGCCAAGCGAUGACGAGGCACCCGCUGAGAAGGUGAAAGGGAAGGCAAAGCAAAAAGGGAAGGAAAAGGUGGACCCCAAGGUGUUCAAUGCGGCGACGAGGACUCGUGCUGGAAGAAGCGGAAAGCGCAAAGCAGCUGAGGAGCCAGAGACGCUACCUUCCCCCAAAAAACCCAGAGGAAGGGCCUCCAAAAAGUAA